UUUCGCUUUCGAUAUUUUCAUGAUUUCUCUAAUCAGUCCCUUUAGUUUAAGAUUAUUUACAAUGUAGCUUAAUAUUUAUUAAUGCGCAAUGUUAACCCGAAAAACAAUUCGAUUAAUAAAAAAAAAUCAAAACCUGAAAUUGUUUAACAAGCUCUCUGGAGAAAGCUACAGAGAGAGGAAGAUGAUGAAGUGGUCGAUCGUUAAGAGAAUCUCUGUCUAUGGAGGAGGUUCAUUUACUUCUAUGAAGCAUAUGGUGUUAGCUCCAGUUGACUUAAGCAGGAGCUGCUCGUUCUCAGGUAUGCACUCCUCCAUAAACACAGGAGAAGAAGAAGAACUCGUGAAGAAGAUGGUUAACCACAGUGAAAGUGGUUCGAAGAUCAUAAGCAAAAUCGACUACAUGAAUCUUGUUGAGAAGUAUACAAGAGAUGGGAAUGUCACUGCAGCAUAUGACUUGUUGCAGUCUUUACAAGACAAGAACAUAAGCUUGCCAUUUUCAGUUUUCAAGAACCUUCUUGAAGCAGCGGUUGAGCUGAACGAUAUCAAGCUUUCUUGUAGAAUCUUCAGGGAGCUUUUGGUUUCGCCUGGUAAGGAACCAUUGAGUUCAGAUUGUUAUCUCAACCUAGCUAGAGCAUUCAUUGACACGGAUGACUGCACGCAUUUGAUGAGUCUUCUCAAAGAGAUAUCAGAGUCUUCUCUUCCAUGUAGGUUGAUAGUAAUGAACAGAACUGUCCUUUCAUUCGCUGAAACUAGACAGAUCGAUAAGGUUCUUAUGAUACUUGAGAAGAUGAGAGAGUGGGAAUGUAAGCCUGAUGUGAUCACAUACAACUCGGUUUUGGAUAUCUUGGGACGAGCUGGCUUAGUGAAUGAGAUGAUGGGUGUACUGUCAACGAUGAAGGAAGAUUUCAAUGUAUCUGCAAACAUCAUUACAUACAACACGGUGCUAAACGGGAUGAGGAAAGCUUGUAGAUUUGAUAUGUGUUUGGUGAUAUACAACGAAAUGGUUCAGUUAGGUAUAGAGUCGGAUUUGCUUAGUUAUACUGCGGUGAUAGACAGUUUGGGUCGGUCAGGGAACAUAAAGGAAUCAUUGAGGCUUUUUGAUGAGAUGAAACAGAGACAGAUUCGACCAUCAGUUUAUGUCUACCGAGCAUUAAUCGAUUGCCUGAAGAAGUCUGGAGAUUUUCAGAGAGCAUUGCAGCUUUCAGAUGAGUUGAAGAACACUUCUUCAUUAGAUUUGGCAGGUCCGCAAGAUUUCAAGAGACACUUGCGGUCACAUAGACGAUAAAGUAGCCUGUUUAAACUGUUGUAGAUUCUGUUAGAAACAUAGAUUUAUGAAAUUCAAACACAAUCUAUUUUUGUUUAA